AUGCCAAAAGUGUUGGAUGUGCCCCCAAAAAUUGCGUCACCCUCAUUCUACGGUUUGGUGGUAGUCACUACAACCAGAAGGAGAACAAGACGAGGUGGACAAAGGAGGAAACCUGCAAGGCUAUCGACAAAGAAGGAAGAAGCAGGUUUUAGGAGAGCACUGACGAAGGCAGUUCAUCACCAUUAUUAUACUGCUAAGGCGGAGACUGCAGAGAUUCCCGGCAUAGUUGAUAUAGUCCCAGCUCUUUCUGGUAACAAGAAGACCAGGGACCUUGUUUGCAAGGGCUUUGCAUUUGUUUAUUACAAGUGUGAGAGAGAUGCUGCCAGGUUUGUGCAACUAUACUCUGGGCAAACUGUUCCCUUUGGUAAAAUUCAAAAGCGGAUAAAGUGUGAGCUUCUGAAUGAAAUGUCUCCAGUGUCUGCUAGUCUGGAAUCAAGCCAAGAUGAUACUAAUGCAGCUACGCCACAGCUCAUAGUCCCAGCCAUAGAAGAAAGCUCAAAUGAGGAUUCCAAUAUGGAUAAUUCUGCAUUCAGUUCUCGGGAUGAGACUGCUUCUUGCUCCGAUGAAUUGGAUGCCAAAUAUAGAACAGAACAGGUUGAAGAGAAUGAAGACUUUGGGAUCUACAAAGAGUCCAGGAUAAAGGAGAUGGCAGUUUUAAGUGAUGUUUUCUCCAAAUACGGAACAAAAGCUGCUUUUUCAAAGGAUAGUUAA